CAGAGAGAGGGGUGAGAGCGAGAAAGGGGGAGAGAAAGGAUCUCACCAUACUAAUGGCUGCACUGCUGCGGGUCUUUAGUUCGCCUUCGCCGCUACUGCUACACCUUCUCCUCUGCUCUUUGUUCGCCGUUGUUCCGGGGAGGGCAGCGGGGCCGUGCCGGGGCUCCCUGUGCUCCCACCCAGCCCCCGGAGACACUCGGAACCUCAGCCAGCCCGACGGAUCGAGAUCGGGGGCUUUGGCUGGGGGCGCUUUGGAGAUCCGCCCUUCAUGGACGAUAGCGUGGCUUGAAUCGGGAUUAGAAUUCCCCAUCUACAAGUCAUGCUCACGGAACAGAUCAGCAGGAGCCCCCGUCGGCACGUUACCGGUGGAUUACAAUAAUUUAUAUAUAUCAGAACCGGCGCCGCGGAGCAGACGUUAUCAUCAACAGCUAGUUAGGAGCGUUGGCGGUUUAGGGAAGGGCGUUGUUUCUCAUUUUCUUGUUUCUCUGAUGCAGAAUGGCAAAAAGAGGUCUGUACAAAGGACUAGAGCGAUCUCACCACUACAGACUCCCCUCGACACGGGGCGGGUCUUUGUACGAAGCGAGUACAGGGGACAGGGUUGGAUAGAUUCUAAGUCCUGUUUGGAUAGCGGGAGUUCCGGAGGUUGGAGAACCGGGCCUGGCCACAGUUGCUCUCACUCAAAAGGGAAGUUGACCACUGCCAAGAGGCAGGCUCAGUCGCAAUUAAAAGACAAUUCUCAUUCUUAUUCUAAUGUGGCUUCUAGUGUUUCGGACGCCAGUAAAUUGGACAAAAGGAAAACGGACAGUCCCUCCUCAGGCUUUUUCAAUGUUAUCGAUCCCACCAGUGAUGGCUGGCGUGGGUAUUUUAAUACAGCCGCUGGGAAUACUGGGGUGUGUGUGGAACGCGAGUUCUGGACACAGCACGUUUCUGUAGCUGUAAUAGGAAUUGCAAACAGCUUUCGACACUGGAUUACAGGAGUCACUGUCGUGCACACGGGUUGCUCUAAAAGAUGCUUACGCCGGUUCAGCACCCAUCUAAGGCGCUCCGCACCCGUUAGGUGCAUAAAUUGUGGAGAAAGUACUAGAGAACGCAAGUGCAUCGCAUUUCUUCACAACACUUUAUCGUCGUUAUGUUUUAAUAUCGCGGUCGUUAACACCACCGACCUAGACGCAAAUUUCCGCGAGAAGAAUGAACAGGGCUGGAGGCAUAAAUUCUCAUGUGGUCUGCAACAAAGUAUUGCGCGUGCUGCUGACUCUUCUGUUUCCACGGAGGAUGUGUCACGACGGGACAAGCGAAUCCAUCAUGCCGCGAGACUUACUGGAAACCCCUCUCGCUCAGACGAAAGAGAAACUAAUUAUCACACAACAUCCAGUCUCGUCACUUAUCAGUCUGAGGCGGAACGCAGCGAAGUUCAUAUCUCUGACUCACCAUUUACCGUGACCGAUACAGUUACUGAUACAACGCCACGCAUCUUCUUGUCGUUUGAAUUAAACUCCACCAAACCAUCUGGUGACUCACACACUCACGAAGGAACUCACGCCGUUUGGGGUAACAACAAAGACACCGUGCAGGGAGCACCACGAUCUCUUUGGACAGCUCCUAACGACAAAUUCGAUACAAAUUCUCUUCUUUUCGUUCGAAGUGUGUUUUUGGUGAAUAGUAACAACAACAACAACAACAACAACAAUAAAAAUCAGAAUAACAAACAAAUGAAUAGAGGCAACGAUGAAACACACAUAAAUCUAACACACAUUGCUCCAAAUGAUGAUGAGAAGGAUGGUGAUGACUUGCCAGAAAAGUUAACACUGCAUGUGCCAUGUGCUCGUACUCAACGGAGUUCUGCGCCAACGGGGAGUUCAAUCCAGGCAUGCGCCGACAGCCGCGCUAGCAGCAGCUUAGACGUCACCAUGGGAGCCACGCGGCCGCAAUUAAAAUCCAGUAACGGAGUGUCAUUACAAGCUGAGGCUGUCAGUCAGCGUGAGGAGUGGCUGGGAGCCGUGGGGAGAGGGCAGAGGGAAGGAGCGAUGAAGGGGGUGGGCAGCCAGGAUCGGGGGAGCAAGGCGAAGGGUAACAGGCAGGCUAGAAAUCAGGAGAGAGAGGAAAACGAGGAGUUGGUGAUUGCAGAAAACACAAAGGGAGAGGCGCUGGAAACAGGCACAAAUUUAGCGAGAGGGGGAGGUAAAGGUCAAAGCAGAGUCACCUCAGAGACCGAGAGAGAGGCAGAGAGCACAGGAGACAGAGGAGACAAGAACAAAGAGUGGCGUGCAAUCAAGGAGACACAGCCAGGGCAAGGCAAAUCAAAUCAAAGUAGAGAUCGGGUAGAAAGCACUCGAAUAAAUGCGGACACUAAGGGCAAGAAACAUACAGAGAAAGAGAGUAAUAAGGAUAAAGAUGUGAAGUAUUCCAGGCACUUUGAAGACCAGACAGGUGGCCCUCCUGUUGUACGCUCUCGUAGAGCUGCCAAUCGACAUCCCCAUUUUCCUCAGUAUAACUACCAGGUUCAAGUGGCAGAAAACCAGCCUCCUGGCACUUCAGUCAUAUCAAUUUUAGCAGAGGAUCCGGAUGGUGGAGAUGCAGGUAGACUUGGCUACAGCAUGGCCCCUUUAAUGAACAGCAGAUCCAUGGAUUAUUUCCAUAUCGACCCAGUAACUGGCCUAAUCACUACCACGCAUAUUCUGGACAGAGAACACAUGGACCUGCACUACUUCAGAGUGACUGCCACAGAUCAUGGCUCGCCACGUGUGUCGGGAACAACAAUGGUGGCCAUCACUGUUUCUGACCGCAAUGAUCAUUCUCCAGUUUUCGAACAGACAGAGUAUCGUGAAACAAUUCGAGAAAACGUGGAAGAGAGCUAUCCAAUCUUGCAGCUGCGCGCGACUGAUCUCGACUCUCCGUCAAACGCCAACAUCCGUUACCGGUUCGUUGGAGAGAAUGCAGCUGCGGCACGUUCUGCGUUCGAGAUUGAUCCACGAUCGGGUCUGAUCACCACACGUGGCAUUGUGGACCGAGAGACGAACGAACGCUACACGUUAUUGGUGGAAGCCAGCGACCAAGGACGCGAGCCUGGUCCACGAUCAGCUACUGUUAGCGUUCACAUAACUGUUUUAGAUGAGAACGAUAACGUUCCACAGUUCAGCCAAAAACGCUAUGUGGUGGCGGUUCGAGAAGACGUGCGACCGCAUUCAGAAAUCCUGCGCGUCAGUGCAUCUGAUCAGGAUAAAGAUGUGAAUUCGGCUGUGCACUACAACAUCAUCAGUGGAAACAGUAGAGGGCAGUUUGCCAUUGAUAGCGUUACAGGGGAGAUCCAGGUGGUGGCACCACUUGACUUUGAGACUGAACGGGAAUACACCCUACGACUGCGUGCUCAAGAUAAUGGCCGCCCACCUCUUUCUAACAACACUGGAAUAGUCAGUGUCCAAGUCACUGACGUUAAUGAUAAUCCACCCAUUUUUGUGUCCACACCAUUUCAGGCAACAGUACUGGAGAGCGCCCCCAUUGGCCACUCCAUACUGCACAUACAGGCAAUUGACACUGAUAGCGGUGAUAAUGCACGACUGGAGUACAGACUAACGGGAACAGGCACAGACACGCCUUUCGUCAUUAACGCAGCUACUGGCUGGGUCACAGUGAGUUCAGAGCUUGACCGGGAAUCAGUGGAACACUAUUUCUUUGGUGUUGAUGCCAGGGACUAUGGCAUGCCACCUCUCUCAGCCACAGCUAGCGUCACUAUUACCGUGAUGGACGUCAAUGAUAACCGUCCAGAGUUCCUGCAGAAGGAGUACUUUGUUCGGUUGAACGAAGAUGCUGCAGUUGGAACAAGUGUGGUUAGCGUGACGGCGGUCGAUCGUGAUGUCAACAGUGCAGUUACCUACCAGAUUACCGGUGGCAACACACGCAACCGAUUUGCCAUUAGCACAGCAGGAGGAGCUGGGCUUCUAUCCCUAGCAUUGCCACUCGACUACAAGCAGGAGCGGCGCUAUGUGUUAACAGUCACUGCCUCUGACAGAACUCUUCACGAUACCUGCCAGGUACACGUUAACAUUACAGAUGCUAACACACAUCGGCCCGUGUUCCAGAGUGCUCACUAUUCUGUGAGCGUGAACGAGGACAGACCACCCGGCAGUACCGUGGUGGUGAUCAGCGCCUCGGACGAGGACGUGGGGGAGAACGCACGUAUCACAUACUUCCUAGAGGACAACAUCCCACAGUUUCGCAUUGACCCUGCAACAGGUGCAAUAACCCUUCAGGCGGAGCUGGAUUAUGAGGAUCAGAUGACGUAUACACUCGCCAUCACAGCUCGUGACAAUGGAAUCCCACAGAAAUCUGACACAACCUACGUGGAGGUCAAUGUGAAUGAUGUGAACGACAAUGCACCGCAGUUCCUCAGCCCACACUAUCAGGGCGGAGUCAGUGAAGAUGCCCCGCCCUUCACCAGCGUUUUACAGAUCUCUGCUACUGAUCGAGAUGCUCACGCUAAUGGCCGGGUGCAGUAUACCUUUCAAAAUGGAGAAGAUGGGGAUGGGGAUUUCACCAUCGAGCCCACUUCCGGAAUAGUCCGUACGGUGCGUCGACUGGACCGCGAGAGUGUUCCGUUUUAUGAGCUAACAGCUUUUGCGGUUGAUCGCGGCAUUCCACCUCAGCGCACGCCUGUACGCAUUCAAGUCAGUGUAAUGGACGUUAACGACAAUGCUCCUGUGUUUCCUGCUGACGAUUUUGAGGUUCGGGUGAAGGAGAAUAGCGCUGUUGGGUCUGUUGUAGCUCAGAUCACUGCAACCGAUCCAGAUGAAGGGCCCAACGCCCAGAUCAUGUAUCAGAUUGUGGAAGGAAACAUCCCAGAGAUCUUCCAGAUGGACAUCUUCUCUGGAGAGCUCACAUCUCUUAUCGACCUGGACUAUGAGGCACGGAGUGAGUACGUCAUUGUGGUGCAGGCCACGUCAGCCCCGCUGGUAAGUCGCGCCACCGUCAGGAUUCGGCUUGUCGACCAAAAUGACAACAAGCCCGAGAUGCAAGACUUCCAGAUCAUAUUCAACAACUUCGUGUCAAACCGCUCCAAUACAUUCCCAAGCGGUGUCAUUGGGCGUGUCCCAGCCCAUGACCCGGACAUCACUGACCGCCUCUACUACACCAUUGACCGGGGCAAUGAGCUCAAGUUGCUGCUGCUCAACCACACGAGUGGAGAGGUCCGUCUGAGCCGCCAGCUGGACAACAACCGGCCACUGGUGGCUCCCAUGCUCGUCACCGUCACCGAUGGUGUUCACAGCAUCAGUGCCCAGUGUGUGCUCCGAGUCCUCAUCAUCACGGAGGACAUGCUCAGUAGCAGCGUGACCGUGCGUCUCCAGAACAUGUCACAGGAGCACUUCCUGUCCCCGCUGUUGACUCACUUCCUGGAGGGUGUAUCCUCGGUGCUGUCAGUGGCCCCUGAUGAUGUAUUCGUUUUCAACGUGCAGCCAGACACAGAGGCCAAGCGCGUGUUGAACGUUAGUUUUUCUGCAGCAUUGCCGGGGGGACAGUUCUUCCCUUCAGAAGCUCUGGAAGAGCAGCUCUAUCUCAACAGACCCAGGCUCAACAUGCUUGCUCAGAUGCAGGUUUUGCCAUUCGAUGACAACGUGUGCUUGCGUGAGCCAUGUCAGAACUACAUGAAGUGCAUCAGCGUCCUGCGCUUCAAUAGCUCCGCCCCCUUUAUCUCCUCCUCGUCUAUGCUGUUCCGGCCCAUCCACCCAAUCGCAGGGCUGCGGUGCCGCUGCCCGCCUGGCUUCACUGGGGAUUACUGCGAGGUGGAGAUUAAUCUGUGCUACUCUAAUCCCUGCCUAAACGGAGGGGUGUGUGCUCGCAGGGAAGGGGGAUUCACAUGCAUCUGCAGAGAAGAUUAUACAGGUGAGCGUUGCGAGUUCGAUCGGCACGGAGGCCGCUGCGUGGCCGGGGUGUGUCGUAACGGCGGCACGUGCCGGGAGCUGUCAGGGGGGGGGUUUCGCUGCGAGUGCCCCGCGGGAGGCUACGAGAGACCCUACUGUGCCAUCAGCACCCGCUCCUUUCCACCCAAAUCCUUCAUCAUGUUCAGGGGACUACGGCAGAGAUUCCAUCUGUCCAUCUCUCUCUCGUUUGCCACUCUAGAGAGCAGUGGGCUGCUUUUUUAUAAUGGUCGUUUUAAUGAGAAGCAUGACUUCUUGGCUCUGGAGAUACUGGAGGGACAAGUGGUGCUCAAGUAUUCCACAGGUGAAUCUUCCACACAGGUGAGCCCAUACGUGUCAGGAGGAGUGAGUGAUGGGAACUGGCACACUGUACAUAUCCACUACUAUAACAAGCCCAAGCGGAGUGUGAGUGGCGAGGUGCAAGGCCCCUCAGAUGAGAAGGUUGCUGUGGUGAGUGUGGAUGACUGUGACACUGCCAUUGCACUCAGAUUUGGCCUCCAGCUUGGAAACUACAGCUGUGCAUCACAGGGUAAACAGAGCAGCAGUAAGAAAUCUUUGGAUCUGACUGGGCCAUUGUUCCUGGGUGGAGUGCCGAAUGUGCCAGAUAAUUUUCCAUUUGGCACCAGAGAAUUUAUUGGCUGUAUGAAGGAUUUGCACAUUGACAACAGACCCAUCGACAUGGCAGGAUAUGUUGCUAACAAUGGCACUCUACCAGGCUGCAGUGCCAAGCUGCCAUUCUGCAAGUCGAACCCCUGUCAGAACGGAGGCACGUGCAGAGUGAGCUGGGAGACGUUCUUCUGUGACUGCCCUCUGGGGUUUGGAGGCAAGGACUGCAGCCACGUGAUGCCACACCCCCACCGUUUCCUUGGCAACAGCGCUCUGUGGUGGGAUCUGAAGAACGAUGUAACCAUCAGCACACCUUGGUACCUGGGCCUAGUGUUUCGUACCCGAUCCAAAGAUGGGAUCCUACUGCAGGCACAGGCUGAUCAGUACACCCACUUAAUCUUUCAGGUGUUGGCGGGCCAGCUCGUGUUCUCAGUGGCACGAAGGUCAGCACAGCCUGUACGUCUGCGACUCGACCAGGUGCAAGUGUGUGACGGACGCUGGCACGACCUGCAGCUGGAACUCCGGGACAUCCGAAGUGGGCGAGAGACACGCUAUGUGGCUACUGUCAGGCUAGACUUCGGACUGUACCAGGGUACAGUCAUAGUAGGCAGUGAGAUUCAUGGGUUGAAGGUGAAGCACCUGCAUGUGGGCGGAGUUUUGGGAGCCGGAGAAGUGCAGAGUGGGAUACGUGGCUGUAUACAGGGGGUGCGUUUGGGAGUGCGUCCAGAUUCCCCUGCUUUGCCCCGCCCCUCUAGAACCGUUAAGGUGGAGGCUGGCUGUAAUAUUGGCAAUCCCUGUAACUCCUCCCCCUGCCCUGCCCACAGUCGCUGUGCUGAUGAUUGGGAACAUCACACUUGUAUUUGCGAACCAGGUUUUUAUGGUAAAAGCUGUACAGAUGCAUGUCAGCUGAACCCAUGUGAGAAUGAAGCUCAGUGCCACAGAAAACCCAGCUCCUCCCACGGCUACAGCUGUGACUGUGGAGACCACCACCACGGACAGUACUGCCAGCAUAGGAGUGAACAGCAGUGCCCUCGUGGAUGGUGGGGAAAUCUUACAUGUGGACCAUGUCACUGUGAUACCAAUAAAGGUUUUGACCCAGACUGCAACAAGACCAGCGGACAGUGCAACUGCAAGGAGUUCCAUUACCAUCAACGGAGUAGUGACACAUGUCUGCCAUGUGACUGCUACCCAGUGGGUUCCUUCACACGGUCAUGUGACCCAGAGAGUGGCCAAUGCAAGUGCAGGCCCGGCGUAAUUGGCCGUCAGUGCAACAUGUGUGACAACCCAUUUGCUGAGGUCACGCAGACAGGCUGCGAAGUGAUCUAUGACGGCUGUCCGAAGGCCAUCACACUGGGCAUCUGGUGGCCCAGGACCAAGUUCAGCAUGCCUGCUGUGGUUCCCUGUCCCAGAGGAUCAGUGGGAGCUGCUAUUCGUCACUGUGAUGUAGAACGAGGCUGGCUGGAACCUGAUUUGUAUAAUUGCACCUCUCCUGCUUUUGUUGAAUUGAACACAGCGCUAGAGGCUGUUGAAAGGAAUGAGACAGAGCUGAACACUAUCAUUGAAAAGAAGCUGGCCCAUCAAGUACGUGAUGUCACAGAAGCAACUCCUCGUCUCUAUGGCAAUGACCUUCAGAUUGCAGAGAGGCUGUUGUCCCGUCUCCUGACCUUUGAGAGCCUCCAGUCAGGCUUCGGCCUGACAGCCACGCAGGACGCACACUUCACAGAAAACGUGUUGCGGGCCUGCAGUGUGUUGCUGGGGCCAGCCAUUGCAGACCUGUGGAGGGCUCACAACACAGGCCAGGGCGGUGCUGCGGGCCUGGCUGACCUCCUCCAGCAAUACUCCCGCACCCUCGCCCAGAACAUGAAACAGACCUACCUCAACCCGGUAGCGCUGGUGGCAUCUAAUAUCGUGAUGACUGUGGAUCGUGUGGAGAACCACACACACGUACGGAGACGGUUCCCUCGCUAUCACAGCACGCUGUUCCGAGGGCAGGCACUCUGGGAUGCUCACACACAUGUUGUGGUGCCCCCUAGUGCCCUAAUGCCGCAACGCAGCUUCAUUCCAGCCCCACCAGCGCCCGCCCCCGUGAAUAUAAUAGCCAAUCAGACACCAGAGGUGCCAGCAGCACGGCGAUCUGUCUGGUUGCCUGAAUCGUCCAUCAGCUAUGUGAUCGUCUUGAUAUACCGAAGCCUAGGAGUUGCCCUCCCUCCCAAAUACCACACUGACCGUCGCGGAGUCAGGCUGCCGCGUCACCCUGUGCUGAACUCGCCUGUGGUGAGUGUGUCUGUGUAUAAUAACCAGUCAUUUGUGGAAGGUCUUCUGGAGUCACCCGUUCUGCUGGAGUUCCGUCUUCUGGAGACAAGCAACCGCAGCAAGCCUCUGUGUGUACAGUGGAACCACACCAGCACGGUGUCAGUAGGAGGGUGCUGGACAGUGAGAGAUUGCAGUGUUGUCUACAGGAACACGUCACAUGUGCGCUGUCAGUGCCAUAGACUGGGCACUUUUGGUGUUCUUAUGGACAGCUCACAAAGAGAACAAUUAGAGGGUGACCUGGAGACUCUCGCAAUAGUAACUUACACAUCACUGUCAGUUUCCAUGGUGGCAUUGUUGCUAACGGUUACGGUGCUUUCCUGUCUGAGAGGACUGAAGUCAAACACACGCAGCAUUCAUUCCAACAUGGCUGCUGCCACCCUCCUCUCACAGCUCACCUACCUGCUAGGCAUCAACCAGACCGAACAACAGUUUUUGUGCACAGUUGUGGCAAUCCUACUGCAUUAUUUCUUCAUGUCUGCAUUUGCCUGGCUGUUUGUGGAGGCACUGCACAUCUACCGCAUGCAGACCGAAGCCCGAAACAUCAACUAUGGUGCCAUGCGCUUCUAUUACGCCAUUGGCUGGGGAGUCCCUGCCAUCAUUACAGGCCUGGCGGUGGGCCUGGACCCAGAGGGUUAUGGCAACCCAGACUUCUGCUGGAUCUCCCUUUACGAUAAACUCAUCUGGAGCUUUGCGGGACCCAUUGUCAUCGUUAUACUGAUGAACAGUGGGAUGUUUAUGACGGUACUGCGUAUGACAUGUAAUUUGUCUCAAAAAGAAACAAAGAAAAUGCCUGUACUUGCCACUAUCCGCAGUGCCUUUUUCCUGUUGCUCUUGAGUGCCUCUGUCUGGUUCUUUGGGCUAAUGGCCGUCAAUAACAGCAUCCUGGCCUUCCACUACCUCUUCAUUAUCCUCUGCUGUGUACAGGGCUUGGCGGUGCUGUUGGUCUUCACGCUGUUGAAUUCAGAGGUGCAGGAGGCCUGGAAAUUGGCCUGCGUUGGCAAGAAAAGCCCCAGCGAAGACGCCCCUAGACCACCACAGACUCCUGGCCAGAACCCAUACAACACCGCCUCUCUGCUGGAGCAGAGUGGAUUACACCGCAUCACACUGGGAACAUCCACCAUAUCAUCAGUCAGCAGUGCUCGUAGGGAAAAUCUGCUAGCACACCAGACUGCUGAACACACUCUGGGUCACACAGGAGCCACGGACCUCGAUGUUGCCAUGUUCCACCGCAAUGGAGGUGAAGACUCGGACUCAGACUCUGAUCUCUCUUUGGAGGAGGAGAGGAGUCUGUCCAUUCCUUCCUCUGAGAGUGAGGACAAUGUGCGUCUCCGGGGACGCAUCCAGCGACGCUUCAAACGCACCAAUCACAGUGAGCGAUUGCUCACAGAGCCCACCCACAAUGGCACCAAAGAUCUGGAUGGGAAUGACCUGCUGUCCUAUUGGCCAGCAUUGGAGGAGUGUGAGGUGCACUCUCUGCAAAAAUGGGGUUCAGAGCGCCGCCUAGGGGCUGACUACAGCAAAGACACAGCAAAUAACAAUCAGGCAGAUGCUGCACUGACCAGCGGGGACGAGAAUGGGCUGACACACACGCACAGACACCGCAAGGGUAUCUUGAAGAACCGUCUGGGCUGCCCGCCAGCUCUGCAGGGUUUGUCAGCAGUGGGGCGUGUGCCCAGCGAGCUCUCUUGGUACCGCACCUCCACGCUGGGACACCGGGGGGUGCCGGCAGCCUCCUACGGCCGCAUGUACUCUGGCACGGGCUCCCUGUCCCAGCCUGCCUCCCGCUACUCCUCCCGGGAGCACCUGGACUCGUUGGCGCGACGGCAGCGUUCCCGUGACAAUCUCGACCUGCUGCCGCGGCGCCGGGAGUUUGCCACCGAGCACCUGGUCGGUUCCAGGGAGAGGCUAGGCUCCGCCCACAGUGUUCACACCUCAAGGGAGAAUCUUGCUACAGGGGCAGGCGUGGCUGGGCUAAUGGGGGCAGAGGGCCCAUUAGGGGGGUCGAGGGUGCAGCUGGGAUCACUGACAAGGCGGCAGGCAUCGCGGGAACACCUCGGGGGAGCAGUGAUGAGCAGCCGAUCUCGGGAGCAGCUGGAGCCUAAUGGAGGUUCAGGGUCAGUGCAGCCCUGCCGCGAGUGGCUCAGAACUCUGCCCCCACGACAACUGUCACACCCUGAACCACAUCCCACAUCCUCCCCCCCUCCACCCAUCACAGAAGAGCCCCAAGAAGCUGCGCUUCCACACCGUGGAUGCCUAGACUCCACCCCUCCAUGUAGGUACACUACACCUGCAACAGCCCCUGGAGCUCCGCCCAGUCGCCCACCUUCAAGUGAACAUCUGGACAUUCUCUCCUCUAUCCUAGCCUCCUUCAGCACCUCUGUGCUAGCCCCGCCCCCAAACCCUGCUGGCCCCUCCCCAUCUCCGCCUCCUCACUCUGCAACCUCUCAGAGCAUCUCUGAAAUGUCACCAGACCCUGAACUGCACAGAAGUGAUGGACAGUCCUGAUGACUUCCCCUUAUUCCCAUGAUGCAUUUCUACUCACAUGCACCGAGGAGCAGAAGAAAGCAAAGAGGAGAGUGGAGGACUUAAGUUGCAUCCAGGGAUACUGGGGGACCCAGUGAGGUAGAAUCCGACUUGCAGUUGAAAUCUACAGCAACCUCUCAGGAUAGCGUAGUAAGGAAAGAGGUGAUUUUGAGAAUUCAUGUCCAAUUCAAGUUGCAUAGCUGAGAUGUUGAAGUGAUAUGAAGGGGCCUGGUCAUAGAAAUAAAAAAAACAAAAAAAAACAAAGCUUGUAUAUAACCUUUUUAUACAUUUUGUAUUUUUUUCAUUGCAAAUGAAAAAAAACCUCAAGCGAUGUUUUUAAAGAUUGUGUCUGGCAUAUGGUUUGUUGAGUGACUGGACAUGUGUUUCGAUGGAGAGGAAUCUGAUGCCAUUGCCAAACUCAUCCCAAACACUUUCAAAAUGUAUUCCAAACUGAUCCUGACUGUGUUCAUCUCAAAUGUUUCUUUGAUGCAUAAAACCACCCCACUACCAGACUGAAGAAGCAGUUUAUCUGUAUUGGGAUCAGAGGGCUGGAUUGGUUAGAAGAGGGAAUCAGCAUUCCUGGUGUGUGAUUGGUGGAACUCCAGCAGUAGUGAUUGUAAAUGUAAAGUAUUUUAAACUAAGAGAUGUGAUUUGACCAACAUGAUUGUUAAUUAAGGGAUUGUUUUGAGACAGCUAGUUUGAAUGGGAAAUGAAGCCGACUGCCCACACAUGCUUCAAUGUAUGAGUGUUGCAAAACACUUGCCUACCCAUUAGGACAUUCCAGAUUUAUUACACUUAUAUAUAUACUUUAAUUCAGCCGUUUCAGUAAAUCAACCGAAAACACUCUGACUAAAAUUGCACAAUUAAAGACAGACCAAACAAGUAUUAACCCGAAUUCAUUCUAAGCAUUCACUUCAUCCCUUGAACUUAUCAGGCAUUCUCAACUCCACAGAAUUGCCUUUGCGGGGUUAUAAUUCACGUGUGUUGGGAGUUUGUGCAGAAGCUAUUAGAAUGUGUAUAUUUUAAAUCUUUUGGUAUGUUCAGUCUGCUGAUUGAGGAAAGCUUUUGAUGUUAGACUUAUCAUAGUUCAGUCUCUGAAGAGCAGCAGCUGGUCUGAACAACUAUAAAUGGAUCAACUGAACAAUUCCGUCCAAGAAAUAAGUCCUUAUGACAGAGGAUAUGUGUCAGUGUCAGUCAGGUAGUCAAGAGACACA